GCGGUGACGCUGUCAAAAUGGAAGACGUGUCACCCUUGUCACGGUUGUAAAAACCAGUUGUACAUAAUUAGUUAGUGUUGUUAUUUGCGACGCCAUCAAGUGCGGUCGACGUCGCUCGUCCCAUCCGCGCAAAUUCAUCCUCAAACAUUGUGCGUGUGUGUGGACAUCAGCGUUACAACAAGUUUUGUUUUCGCCGCGUCCGCCAUAUUCUCAUUUCCUGGGGGCGGAAGAAUCCACGGCCGUUACCACAGCACCGCAGCGUGAUGAUGGGGGACGCGACGGUGCCGGCGUCGGUGCCAGCACCCGCCGCCACCACCACCGUCGGGCGACAGCUGGGCGCGCAGGGCGACCCUGACAUGAAGGGUUGGCUCUUCAAGUGGACCAACUACCUCAAGGGUUACCAACGUCGAUGGUUCGUCCUGCAGAACGGCCUCCUGUCCUACUACAGAAACCAAGCGGAGAUGUCACACUGUAGGGGCAGUAUCUCACUGCACGGUGCUAUCAUUUAUCCGGUGGAUGCCUGCACGUUCGUGGUGAGCAAUGGCGGCACGCAGACAUUUCAUAUUCGCGCUGCCAGUGAAGUGGAGCGGCAGUGUUGGGUCACGGCGCUGGAACUUGCUAAAGCCAAAGCUAUACGUACAAUGGAAUCAGAAGACGACGACGAUGAACAAGAUUCCGGCUCCGGCUCGCCGGAAGAAUGGUCGACCAUCGUGCGGGAACUACAGGGUAAACUGCAGGAUUUGCAGACGUGUUCGGAUCUGAUCGCAAAGCACGGCAAUGCCCUCCAGCGGGCUCUCAGCGAGCUAGAAAGCAACGCCGAGCAGAAUUCAGAUGAGACGAAAUCGAAGGCAGUCAGUGAACGGGCGACACUUUUCCGGAUCGCUAGCAACGCCAUGAUUAAUGCGUGCACUGAAUAUCUAACGGUGGCACAACAGCACGGACAUAAGUGGACGCGUCUUCUGCAGCACGAGCGGGAACAACGACAGCGACUGCAGGAGAUGGUUGAGACGCUCGCCCAGCAGCACUCCAAGCUGGAGCAGGCCGCCGCGAAUGCGAACAAUCGUAACACAAAUCCGGUCAGUGCCAGCGAGGAAGACGAGGAGGAGAACGAGUUCUACGAUGCGGAGGCAGAUGGCGCAAGUCUCAGCCAGGAGCGCUUCACGUUGAAUAUUUCCACUGGACACCAACGACGCAAUUCAUCCGAUAGCUCUUCCGAGACGGAUGAUACUACGCAUGAAACCAAACAAGUUGUUAUAAGAACGGCGAACGUUGCAAACGCUAAGAAUGCCAAUGAGCCGGCAUCGGCUGGUACGGGGGCGCAGCAGGCGCUGGCGACGACGAAAGGACGUGUACGGCGCACGCGCCUUCCUAAUAAACCAAACUACCCGUUGAACUUGUGGAGCAUUAUGAAGAACUGCAUUGGAAAGGAUCUAUCGAAGAUUCCUAUGCCGGUGAACUUCAGUGAGCCUUUGUCGAUGUUGCAGCGACUUGCUGAAGACUUUGAAUAUGCUGACUUGUUAGACGUAGCCGCCACACUCAAGGACCCCUGCGAGCAACUCGCGUAUGUCGCUGCUUUUACAAUCUCGUCGUAUUCCACCACUAGUACACGAGUAGGCAAACCUUUUAAUCCGCUUUUAGGUGAAACGUUUGAAUUUGAUCGAACAGAUGACCUCGGUUGGCGGUUGAUAUCCGAGCAGGUAUCGCAUCAUCCGCCAAUGGUCGCGCAGCAUUGCGAAGGACGCGGAUGGACCUGCUGGCAGGAGUUUACCAUGACGUCGAAGUUCCGCGGUAAAUAUCUGCAGGUGGUGCCGCUGGGCAGUGCUACUGUUGAAUUUGCCAACGGCAAUCGCUACUCGUGGCGUAAGGUCACCACCACCGUGCAUAACAUCAUCGUCGGAAAGUUGUGGGUUGAUCAACAUGGUGAUAUGGAAAUAGUCGGUAAAGGAAAUGCGGCUGGUAUUAAGUGCCAUAUGAAGUUCAUCCCCUAUUCGUACUUCAGUAAAGAAUCGCAGCGCAGGGUGAAAGGUGCCGUCUUGGAUACGAACGAUCGCGCGCAAUGGAUUAUCAACGGCACGUGGGAUCGCAGCGUCGAGAUUGCGCCGGUGCUCAACCAGGAGAGCACAUUCAGCGGCGUGCCGAAGGACAAGAGCGUUACAGCUGUCUAUGACACAGGCGCUGCGAAACUGGCGUGGAAACGCGUCGACCCGCCGCAGGACUGCGAAAAAUGUUAUCACUUUACCAUGCUUGCGAUUCAACUCAACGAAAUGGACGAUGAAGUUGCGCCAACGGAUAGCAGACGAAGGCCCGAUCAACGACUAAUGGAAAAUCAAAUGUGGGACGAAGCGAAUGCGGAGAAGUUGCGCCUCGAAGAGAAACAGCGUGCCGUGCGUCGUCAUCGCGAGAAGGAAGCUGAGGAAGCGGCGAAAGAAGGCCGGCCGUAUACACCAUACGUCCCACUCUGGUUCAAGCAGGUGAAGGACGAGAAUGACUGCAUUGUGCACACGUACCUCAACACUUACUGGCAGGCGAAGGAGCAGCACGACUGGUCACGUUGUCCUGACAUUUUCUAAAAUGGCCGCCGGAUACACCUGCAUAGGUGCAAACACACAUCGUCCAGUCCGCCUCGCGUGAAAAUAUUUUAUAGAAAUGUUAAGAGCUGCGAUUUUAGCGAAAUUUCGAAACACCGCGUGCAGGCAACUCACGCGUAGCCAAAUUUUUCAAACGAGUUUUCUAUUCCUUCGCUCAAAAAUAACCUAACAUAACCUUAUCGUUAAAUUACGGACUUUUCGUUUUCGAGAUGAAUUUAUUCGUUGAUUACUUCUAUCUAGCUAGUUAGUGCAUAUUUUUUAUCCGGGUUGUUGUGAUCUUUUCAACAAAAUGGCGACACAGUAGCAGGUUAUAGACGCGGAGAACAUGCAAAUGCAGAUCGUUGUACAUAUUGUAAUAAUUAUAUAUAUAUAUACACAUGAAAAAAUAACAUGAAUAUUUGCUAUACGCUAAAAUGAAUUAUACGUGUUGAUAUAACAAAA